UCGAAAUUUUUACGCGAAGCCCGUAGCACUUUUCGUUGUACAACUUCGGGCGAUUUUGCCUGAUUUUCGUGAGAAAAACUGUCUUUUUAAAGGCUCCUAACCUCUUAUUUAAUUAGCUUGGAUGUAUUCACGUUAACUAGUUAAAGUUAAACUGUUUUUUGGGGAUAAUCUAACAGAUGUCAGUACAAAAAUAGCAAAAAAGAUCCAGAUGCCAAUAAAAUCAUAAUCCAGAAGAUUGAACAAGCAAACAGCAGAUCGUAAAUUACUGAGACACGGCACAAGUUCAGGAAAUGUUUGUUUAUACAGGGUGUUUUGGGUAAAGUUUCUGGAUGUAUGGUUUGAUUCAAUAAUGCCAUUGUUUGUCUGUUUAAAGGAAGUUUAUUGGGUAGCAGUACUAAACAGCUCGGGUUUCUGCAAUAUACCUAAAAAGAGGACUCAAAACUAGUUUGAGCAGAAAUUACAACGAAAUUAUGUUAAGAACAAGGAGACGGGAUAAUAACGUCAAACCAAACAGAAGGGAUUCCAGUUUUAAGUCUAGGUUAGACAGAAAGUCUUCCAGAGGCAUGCUGUACGAGAAUGAGGAGCUAAGGUUGAAGACAAUAAAUAUUAAUGCGGAAAUUGAAAGAGGUCAAUCAGAUAUAAAAAAAUUGAAAAGGGAAAAUGAGAUGCUGAAAAAGGAGAUUUGGUGUUUAAGGGAUGAGUAUGAAAAAUUAGACAAGCUGCUAAAAGACAAGAAAUUAGAUUUUUCAUCUUCGUCUACCACUUAUUCUAGCUCUUCUAGUGAUUCGGAGAGUUGUUCAAGUUGCACCGAAGAAUCAGAGGAAGUAGAAACAUCUCAGAACCUAAAAAAUGUCCAAAAAACCAACCUUAAAAACAUCCGUAAUCAAUUCGACCACUUAUCGAUCGUAACUGAGGAAACUUCUUGUGAAAACUCUGACAGGAAUUCUUCAGUUAAUACAAGACUGUCUCAUGGCACCGAUCAAAACGACAUGCUGUGGAACUACAAUGACAAAGACGCCAUCAAACCAGAUCAAAGUUAUCCUGUUUAUGACACGGUGCUUCCGAAUAAAUCGCAAACCUUACCCAACCAAAUGCCAAUGAACUAUUUUGCACCUAUUCAACAUUCUAAGAGUUUUGACGACAAUCAUUUCCACCAGUUUCAGCAAGCCCCAUUAUACCCAGAAGACUUCUACACGCCACCACUGUCAAACAACAACCCCAACGAGUCCCAGACGCCCCCGAUAGCAAUUUCCCCCAGUGCAUCGCCGCUAUAUGAAAACCAGCAGGUGGUUUUCGCGGAACAUGGCAACGAUACGGAACAAAAUUUCCUGAGACUUUUAAUCUAUUUCAGUAAGAAAAUCGUCGAAACCAAUGCGAAUAAUUUUUACCAAAACAUGAUUUUAGUACCAAAAAACACCAAUCCACAACCAACCGUUCAAAGCAUGGAGAAGAAAGCUACUGAUUUAAUAGUGAAAAUUGAUAACCAAAACUUUAAUAAAAACUUGACUUAUAGCAAUACCACACCCAGUACCACAUUUUCUAACGGUGGUAAUCUUGAAGAAUUGUUAUACGACAUUGAAUCUAUAUCGCAGGAUAUAUUGAAGCUAACAAAUUUACAGAGAGGAUUCCCUGGGAAUUUAUCCACAAUCCAAGAGCCACCAGAACACGUUCCUAAUCAAGAUUUUUUUAAUGCUGAACAAAUGGGUCAAUUUUCACCACAUGCACAUGAACAAAUGACGAAUCAGAGCGGUAGUCAAGAAAGGCUUCAUAAAAGUGAACUGAAUGUGGUGUUGAUGCCAAAAGCUAUGCCCUUGAUAGGAUUUGAUAAGUAUAAGAACAUUCAAAGAAGCUUCGAAAGUCUUAACUCGAAACAUCUGGAGGCUAUGUCAGCCUCCCAACAAAACUUAUGUCUUAUUCCUCCACCGCCCACUGAAGAGGCUCCUAGCAGAUCAUCUUCACGACCAAAUCUCCAUGUCUCUCUUAAGCCUCCUCAACCUUCACAACCACCGUUUAUCGAAAACAAUCCGAAUAACAACUCAAAAGUAGACACCAGCCUGCCUUCUUCUGGAAAAGACGGCAAUCAAGAACACAAUCCAUUUUUCUUUGGAAACUUGAAUGAUAAUUACGUAAAUGCUGAUUAUUUCAGUCGUAGGUAUAACCCAGAAAAUUUUAUCGAAAAAGGAGAAAAUACUCUAGAGAAAAAAGAGGAGAAAAAUGCAACUACAAGUAACGAGCCACCAGUUGAAAAUGAUGAGACUACAACCCUCAAAGCAAGUAAAGGCAUUAAUGACUCCAAACAGGACAAACUAGACAAGAAAGAAGAAAAAAGCAAGUCACCUAAGAUGAGCAUAACCAAAAAAGUAUCCAUCCACUUCAAGGGUAAAAAAGAAAGAGAGAAAUUAAAAAAACUUACCAUAGUCAGUAAUACCGACUCUAAAAGCAGCAGCGCAAAAAGUGUUCAAGAUGGUAAAAAGUCAUCUCUGUUUGAUUUUAAACUUACCCCAGAAGUUCCUAAAGAUAAACCUGACCAAAAAGAGCUGUCAUCGCCAAAGCUAAAAGACAAGGCGCUUAAGCAUAUACACCAAAAGACUCCCAGUAUAGAAUCAAAAAAGUCCACCACCGAAACCUCCAAUUUCGAACCAAAAACACCGAACUCUUCAGAAAGUGAUAGGAAAAACCUUGAUAAAAAAGACGCGAAAAAGGAAGAUAGAAAGAGUAGGAAGAGCGUUUCAGUAAGCCCUGACCGAAUUAAACACGUUCAGUUAUUACAUGAUGGUGUAGGAAUCAGGAAACAUAAGAAACACCGUCGAGACCGCUCCGGUGGAAUUCGGGGCAGAAGAGGAUCAGUACUAGAUCCGCGAUUGCGCGAACGAUCGUUCUCCAUUUGUACUGAUAGAUCAAUGGUAGGACCAGGAUUAGCUUAUGGCAGCUUUCUCUACGAAGACUACAGUGACAGAGAAAGAACUAACAGUGCCUCCUCGUGCGAUUCAAAUGAAAACCCGAGGAAAAUGUCGGGGAUCUCAAAUGUACCUUUUAAUGGAAAAGUGCCUUGGUGUGGGUGUUGGGGGAAUGGAUGUUUGUGACGACUAUUGUUAAGUAGAGUCGUUUUUGUUUAAAUAAAGGAUUAAUAACAGAGAGAGAAUAAAAACAGAUUUGUUAAUUAAAAUUAGAUUAAGUUUAAAAAUAUGGAUAAGAAAUGGUCCAAUCGCUGAACUAGAAUAUAUGCUCAUUUGUAAAUUGCUCUCAGUAAAUCGGAGAUAUUGAAAAGUGCAAAAUUCAAACAAUCAUCUGUUGAAUUUAAUGUAAAUUUUACGAAAUUCAGAUAUUGUAAUUAUUUUAAUUUUUUUUCUUGAACACUACAAUCACUAGAGAAAUAUUUUACAAAAAUAUAGGUAAUUAAUGUUUUCAAGGUACAUGUCUGAUUGCACGACUUUUGUUGGAGAACUUUGAAGCAAUACAAGUGGGUUUAUUAAAAGUGCAUUAAUUCUUAAACAUCAUAGGUGCAAAAAUAGUGUCAUGCAUUCCAUAUUUAAUAUUUUUUUUGUUUAAUAGAGUAAUGUUGAUUUUUUUAGGAUAUAGUACUUUUGUAAAAAAACAGAUUAAUAUAUUAAGUUGAAUUGUAGUUUUUAUCGUAUAUUACAUUAAUUAUAUUAAGGAAAUUUUCAGAAAAUAUAAUUAAUAUUUAAAAAACUAAAAA